AUUAUAUACAUCUGCAUUUUCAUACAUAAAGCUAGUAAAAUAAUUUGUUUAUAUGUUGUCUUUGUCAUACCCCUACCAUUUUACCCGGAGAGAUUGGCGCUUUCCUGAGCAGUAGCUAACAUUAGCUUGUUGCUAAUUGAGGUUAGCGAGGUAGCCAGCCAACAAGGAAACAACAAACACAACAGUGGUGUUUGGAGUGUUUUUGCAGUAAACGUGUUUUUUUUUCCUGACAGAAGUUUCAACCAGCUCAAAUCUAGUUUAAUCCAAAAAAUUAACUACUUAGCAAGAGUCCUCGACGUUAGCCUAGCAUGCUAGCUCACGUUACUGGCGCAAAGAAUAGUCCCUAUCUGAUGGCGGUUGCCUCAGCAGCAGUGAUGGACAGCAUUGUAAUCCUUGAUGAUGAUGAGGAAGAGGAGAGGCCUCAACCCUCUUCCUCCACCUCCUCUAAACCCUCAGCCAAUCAUCGUACUCCCCCAAAAAUCCAACAGCCCGCUCCAACUCACAUCACCCAAUCUCCUUUUGCUACAGUGAAGAAAGAAAGCCAUGUUCUUAAAGCAGAAAACCAGAAGCUAUUUACUGAGUUUGUAGAGUACUGCUCGGCCCACACACAGGACUGCCCUGAGGUCAUGACCUUCCUGCACGCCAAGCACUCAAAGGCCUCGCCGAACUUCCUGGCCUCGGUGGAGUUCCGCAACACGCUGGGCCGCUGCCUGACGCGCGCCCAGGCCCGCCGCACCAAGACCUUUGUCUACAUCAACGAGCUGUGCACCGUCCUCAAACAGCACUCGGACAAGAGGAGGCAGACUGUCGUGAAGGUGGAGCCUACUGCCGGGGAGAAGAAGGAGAUGAAAGAGGAGGCACCGACAGAGGAGCUACCGUCUACCUCGGGGCAGCAGGAAGAGAAGAACGACGAGGAGGAGGAGGAGGAGGAGAGGAAGACGAAGAAGGCUUCCCGGAGACAGAUUGCGUACCUGGAGAACCUGCUGAAGAUGUACAAUGAUGAGAUCCGGCGGCUGCAGGAGAAGGAGCUGAGUGUCAACGAGCUAGAAGAGGAGGACUCCAGCUACAUCCAGGAGCACAAGCUCAAGCGCAAGAUGAUGAAGAUCUAUGAUAAGCUCUGUGAGCUGAAGGGCUGCAGCAGUCUGACAGGCCGAGUGAUCGAGCAGAGGAUCCAAUACAAAGGGACACGCUACCCUGAGGUCAACAGAAAGAUUGAGCGUUUCAUCAACGGUCCCGAGGCCCAGCUGAAUCCCCCCGACUACACAGACAUCCUGCAACAUAUCCGCCGGGCCAACGAGCGCCACGGCCUCAACCUCAGCAAGAAGCAGCUGACCCAGAUCGCUCAGGACGCCUUCCGCGAGACCGGCAACCGCCUGCAGGAGAGACGCCACCUCGACAUGGUCUACAACUUCGGCUCGCACCUCACAGACCUCUACAAGCCUGCCACUGACCCUGCCCUGUUGGACCCCACGUUGGCCCGUAAGCUGCGCACUAACCGGGAGGUGGCUCUCUCCAGCCUGGAGCAGGUCAUCUCCAAAUACGCCCUGAAGCAGGACGACACAGAGCAGGAGGAGAGGGCUAAACGGAUAGAGAGAGAGAGGCAGAAGAAAGAGGGUCAGUCAUCGGCGCUGGAGGCCACCACAGCCGAUGACAAUCCCCUGAAGAAGGGAGAGGAGGGUGAGGAGCAAGUUGAGGAGGAGGAGGAUGAUGAUGAAGACGACGAGUCGUCUGAUCCAGACAUCGAGGAGGAGAUCCAGGCCAGCAAAUCACAAGCAGGGCCAGAGGAUGAUGAGGAGGAGGACAACGAAGUGGAGGCAGCAAACGAGAGUGAGAACGGGGUGGAUGGUGGGAGUGACAGAGACCAGGAUGGAGGAGAGGAUGAAGGAAACGCUGAGGUGGACAAAGACUCCGUAAUGAGCGGAAUCAGCCUCAUUUCCCGGGUUGACACCCCACGGAUCUCCUCCUUAGUCGACGAAUCCCCCACAGACAGCCCCAGCCAAUCAGAGGCGAUGGAGGUAGACAAGGGGAACGAAUCAUCCAAUACCAACCUGACAAAGGAGGACAUUGUUUCCUCCAAUCACGUUUCAGCUGUGUCAAUAAGCACUGGUGUGGAAACGAAGGACUCCUCAGCCUCCCCCAUGGCGGCGAAUCAGGUCUCUUUGCCACCGUCACCGGUGCUGAUUUCGACCAAUGAGGACUCCUGCACGGUCAUCACUGAGACGAGGUCAGCGAAUUGCAGCCCCAGGCCACCCAGUCCCAAAGACACCUGCAGAGGCAAGAAGAGAAAGAGGAAAGAGGAGGUGAAAUCCAGGAAGUCUUACAACGGGGUUCUAAGGCACCACAAUGGGAGUGGCCGUGACCUCCCUCUGGACAUGGAUGUGGUGACCAGUAGCCCCUUGCAGGCGGACUCCACCAGGGCAGACUCUCCCACCCAGGAGAUGGUCACCAGCUCCCAGUCCACCCCGCCUCCCAAGAAAAACAAGGUCAACGUGGCCACUCAAUGUGACCCGGACGAAGUGAUCAUCCUAUCGGACUCGGAAUGACCUCUGCCCCAACCCUACUGGGUGUUCAGGCUUCCCAUUGCUAGCCUGGAACCAGGUCUGUUUAUGCCGCACAAACAGAUCUGGGACCAGGCCAUCCCAUUACUGCCUCUUGACUUCCAAACCAGUGCCUGCUAAUGUGAACUCUUGAAAAUGCACACAUUUUCAGAUGGGAGACAGCAAACCUUUCAUUACAAAUUGAAAUUGGCAAUGGACGUGGUAGUUUACCACCAGUGUUUACAUUUUGUAUUUAUAUGCCGAUUUUUGCCCAGCGUCUGGAUUGUGUGAGGGAGCAGUAUCACGUCAGGUUAUUUUUGUAUUGUAGCUGUAAAAAUGAGUUCAAUUAGAUAUUAUUUUACCCGUUUUUAUAUAUUUCUUUUGACAAACCUUUUAGGUGGGUGAAUGAAUGGGUGUCUGUUUGUAUUCUAGAAUGCCGGCAAUAGAAGAUGAACACCGAAGUACUGUAUCUUAGAUUUUAUACAGAGCCAUUACACAAUCUACACGUCCAACUGUCAGCGUAAUCAUGGAUCAUUUACUGUGUGGUUGCUGUGUCCACGUAGUGCAACCUAAUGGCCUGAACAACUCUAUUUCUCUCAAGUAAUUACAAGAGCAACUUGGUGGCAGAUUGGCCAUUUGUGUUCAAGGUGCCAAAUGAACAUGAUUGAGCAGAUGCAUUGACGUAAACUGCCAGGUACAGCUUUGCGUUAAUGUGAAAUGUAGUGCAGUGUCCUACUUUAUUCAGGCAUAACCCACCCUGAAGAAAUGUUCACAUUGACUUCGCAGAAAUAGCUGUGUUCAUGCUGAUGGGUGUUGUUGUAGGGGAAGUUAAUCUCGGCAUGUAGUAAGCAGGUAGGUGUUUAGGUUGAUUUGCAUCAAAGGAACGUUCAUAACGCCUCUUGCUUGAGACUGCAAAUGGUGGUAAUGAUUUAAUCAGUCUCAUUCUUUUUCAAACCUCCCUAAGACACUGAUUGGAUUCCGUUGUUUUGACCAAUUCAAGAGGGUUACGGGGAAGGUCACAUAUUUGUUAUCUAAUUUUCCUUUUAGUACACUGACAAGCAAAGAUCACAUUUCCUUUUAAAUAAACUUUGAUAAAUGAAA